GUGUGUGUGUGUGAGACUUUGCAAUGGAUUCACUGCUGGAAGCUUGCACUGAUCUGCAGACCAAUAUCAGCCAGUUGUGCCAGAUGAACUCCAGCCUGGGUUCCUCCAGUCUCUGCGCCAACUCUGGCUCCUUCCCCUGCAAUGGGACCACCAACAGCAAUCAAUCCGUCAAGAACCCUUCAUCUGUGAUCAUCGCCAUCAUCAUCACGGCUCUCUACUCCAUCGUGUGUGUGCUGGGGCUGAUCGGAAACGUUCUGGUCAUGUAUGUCAUUAUCAGAUACACUAAAAUGAAAACCGCCACUAACAUAUACAUCUUCAACCUGGCUGUGGCUGAUGCAUUGGCCACCAGCACUCUGCCUUUCCAAAACGUUAAUUACCUGAUGGGGACCUGGCCGUUUGGGAACCACUUGUGCAAGCUGGUCAUGUCCAUAGACUACUACAACAUGUUCACCAGUAUCUUCACCCUGACCACUAUGAGUAUGGACCGCUACAUCGCAGUGUGCCACCCAGUCAAGGCGCUGGACUUUCGCACUCCCAAAAAUGCCAAGAUCAUCAACAUCUGCAUCUGGAUCCUGUCCUCGGCCAUCGGCCUGCCGGUCAUGGUAAUGGCAACCACGCUGGUGGAGAAAGGGGUCAUGGACUGCGCGUUGAAAUUUCCUCAUCCUUCUUGGUACUGGGACAACCUGCUGAAGAUCUGCGUCUUCAUCUUCGCCUUCGUCAUGCCGGUGCUGAUCAUCACCGUGUGCUACGGCCUCAUGAUCCUGCGGCUGAAGAGCGUGCGCAUGUUCUCAGGCUCCAAGGAGAAGGACCGGAACCUGCGGAGGAUCACCAGGAUGGUCCUCGUGGUGGUGGCCGUGUUCAUUGUCUGCUGGACGCCCAUCCACAUCUAUGUCAUCAUUCAGGCAUUGAUCAAGAUACCCUCCAAUCUGUUCACCACCAUCACCUGGCACUUCUGUAUCGCGCUGGGCUACACCAACAGCUGCCUGAACCCCGUUCUCUACGCCUUCUUGGACGAGAACUUCAAGCGAUGUUUCCGGGAGUUCUGCCUGCCCACCUCGGCCUUGGGCAUUGAGCAGCAGGGUUCCAACAGAACCCGCAACCACAACCGCGAGCACCCAUCCACCAUCAACACGGCUGACAGGACUAACCAUCAGGUAUGACUAGGCGUGGAGACCUUAUCCCUGGAAUGGCAGUCCCACCCGGGAGAUGAUCUGAGCUCGGAGAUCACGCAGACCACCACAGGGGUAUAGUGUGUAACGCGCCCAGAGGCGGGUGUUGGG